GCGAUACCUAAUUCGCGUUCGACGUUGGUAUGUUUCAUUUGACGAAAUUUAACCAAGAAAAUUUUAAGGUCAGGAGGUUGUAUUAUUCAAAAUAUAUGAGCUUAUCUGUAUGAAUAGAUGAGUACUAGUAGAGAAGUUGUUUGGUGAAACGUCUUCAUAUAUUUUUAGAAACUGAAAGUUUGAUGGCAUUUGAGCUGGAUUCUGCAAUUCCUGAAGGAAACGAAUUAGAAGAGCAUUUAAAUUAUUUACUCUAUUCCCCAGAAAAACACGUACUAAAAAGAGAGCAUUCAAUAGAAGGCACCUUAGAAGGGGACUAUUUGGAACAAGAACCAUGGAUAAAGAAACUGAAAGCUGAGGAUGAAAAAGCACGGCCGUCUGAACAUGCUGAACCUCAAUUACAAGAAGUUUUGAAAGAACAGAAACAGAAGACAGCUCCAGAAACGCUCAAUUCUUUUUAUAAAGGAGCAACAAGCGAUGAGCCUUUGCUAUCGGAAAUAGCAUCAAAUCCCUGUAUGAGAAAGACCUUUGAAACGAAUCCGGAUAUUCAGAAAAUAGAAAAAGUUUUAGCUGACCUGUUAAAAGGAGAAGAUCAAGAGAUUUCUCUGCAGCAACUUGCAAUAAGACUUUCAUCUCCAAAGUAUGAAAAGUACCAUGGUCUUUUCCCUGAAGAAGUUUUGAAAGAGCCAGCAGAACUAUGUGACCGGCUAAAAGAGGUUAUAUUGAACUCUGUUCAAACUUCCAUGGAGUCAGGAAAGCAACCAUUUUUUCAAUUGCGGCAAGCCAUUAAUGGUAAUUUUGCUGUAAGUACAAUUCAUACAACUCCUUUGUAUUCUCAAAAUAUAUCAGAUUCCACAUCUGCUUUCCUUCAGGAAGCCUCUAUUCUGUCUAAUAGUGUACCUGCUCCCGAAUCUGUGUCUUUAGAAGGUCCUUUCCAAUGGUUCGAAAACAAUCAGAAAAUGAACUUGAAUGAUUCCAUCGAAGAAGAUGGUGGCGGCUUUAUUGAGAAUCCUUUUGGGAUGCUCGAAGAAGAAGAAUCGCAAUCUUUCAGAGAUCACGGUGUCAACAUUACCAAUUUUAAUCGUGAGUACGGCACAACUCCUCUUAACGUUGAAGGUGAAAGUUGGAGCCAAAAAUCUUUUGCUUCGUAUUCAGGUGAGAAUGAUUUACCUUCGGUAGAAGACCUUGGUACAUCUGAUUCGUUACCUCCACUUUUUGAUUCAUAGUGCUUUGAGCGUAGGUAAUCUGUUGUAAUGUCUUUUAACCUUUUUUAACGAUGAGAUUUUGAAUAUUUCAUAAUUAAUCUACCUUUAUUUUUAGAUUUAUUUAGUUCUAAAACAUUACAGUCCGUCCUUUCCACCUACUUCCCCUGUGCCAAAGAUACAUGAUCGCUUUCUAUCAUAGUAUAAGAAAAAUGAAUAAAUGUUUGCUUAAUCUAUUAUUCAUUUAACACUUACAAAUGUUGAACGUAAAAAUUAAUAUUAUUAAAUGACUCUGUUUUAAUAAAGCUA